GGGGCGUGCGGAACGCUGAGACUUCCCCAGCUGCCGGCCGGCCGGGAGAGAGAGAGGCUGGGGGCUUCCCUUAAAGGGGCCGCGCUGGCUACGGAGUGAGCAGCAUUGACGAGAGAGCCGGAGGCCUUAGCAUGGUGGCGGCCCUGCUUCCUUCUGCACCAUGGGCUUUGGGACCCAGCUGGGGCUGCUGCUGUGGAAGAACUUCACCUAUCGGCGCAGGCAGACCGUGCAACUCGCCAUUGAGCUGCUGUGGCCCCUCUUCCUCUUCUUCAUCCUGAUCUCGGUGCGGCAGUCGCACCCCCCCUUCGAGCAGCAUGAGUGCCACUUCCCCAACAAGGCCUUGCCCUCGGCCGGGACCCUGUCGUGGAUUCAGGGCAUCAUCUGUAACAUGCACAAUCCCUGCUUCCGGUACCCCACGGCCGGCGAGACGCCCGGCGUGGUGGGCAACUUCAACCGGUCCAUCAUCUCCCGCCUGUUUGCUGAUGCCCGGAAGGUGCUGCUCCAGGCCACCAGCAAGCAGACCCUGAGCCGCUGGGGCCAGCUCCUGCCUGCCUUGCCCCGGCUCCGGGAGAGCGGAGCGCCCGUCCAGGGCUACCUGAGAGAGGGGGAGACCUUUUCCCACUUCCUCCGGGCCAACGCCUCCCUGCCCCCGGCCGUGGCAGAGCAGCUGCUGGGAGCCCGGCUGGACCUGCCCGUGAGCCUCCUGUCCCCCGUGGCCUUUGGGUUUGGCUGCGAGUCCUUCUCCCUGUACGAGGAGCAGGGCACGGGGAUCCAGUGGCAGAACCUGAACUCCAGCCCCGUGCCGGACGACGCUUACACCUUCGCCACCUCUCUGACGCUGCUGCUGCUGGACGCGUGUCUCUACGGCCUGGCCACGUGGUACAUCGAGGCUGUCUUCCCAG